AUGCCGUUCCACCUUCACCCUUCGAGGCUCCUCAUCCGCGACAAUACCAUGGCAGCGAUGACGGACGCGAUCUACCGGUACCUCAACGCGGAGUACGACUUUACCCACCUCCUAACCGCGCAGCAACUUGUCGAUCUAUCCCGCGGCGGGCGAAUGUGCCCUCCCAUGUCCAUCAUAUGCCAAUUCGAUCCCACCAACGGACCCCCAGAGUCCACGGUCGCUUUCUGGCGACAGGAGGGCAAGACUUUCUGGCUGCAGACCCAGCUGGGCCAGUUCGUCGCGUCCGCCGAAGCGUAUCGGCCAUUUUACACGGCCAGUCUAAACAUCGUGGGCAGUGGCGAUGUUUACCCGUUUGCACAUGUGCCUGUCUCGAAGUUUAAGCUUAUCGUCCACGAGCGGGGCACUUGA